UCGAAGCCAAACAACCCUCGCUGGAUUCCACAUUUCCACCUGCCCCUCCUCCGCCUUAAACCCCUCGACCUCCUCCACCGAAGCUCCUCACUCUCCCCCUGAUGGCCGACGUCGAGGCUAGCAGGGGUGGAGCCGCCGGCAAGCGUCGCGGCGGCGUAACUCAUGGAUACGGGGAGCAGCGCGGCUGGACGCCGUGGCUGGUGCCGCUCAUCCUUGUGGCGUGCGUGGCGGUGUUCGUGGUGGAGAUGUACGUAAACAACUGCCCCGCUCACUCCCAGGCCUACGGCUCCUGCUCCGCCCGCUUCCUCCACCGCUUCUCCUUUCAGCCCGUCCGCCAGAACCCCCUUCUCGGCCCCUCCGCGUCCUCAUUGGAAAAAAUGGGGGCUCUUCAAUGGAGCAAAGUAGUCCAUCAGCAUCAAGCUUGGCGGCUUGUUACCUGCAUCUGGUUACACGCAGGACUCAUCCACCUGCUCACGAACAUGCUUUGCUUGCUCUUCGUUGGAAUUCGUCUCGAGCAGCAAUUUGGAUUCGCUCGCAUUGGAUCAAUAUAUCUUUUAUCAGGCAUCGGUGGCGCCCUUCUUUCUGCUCUUCUCCUGAGGAAUGGCAUUUCUGUUGGUGCUUCUGGUUCUUUGUUCGGGCUUCUUGGAGCAAUGGUCUCAGAACUCAUCAUAAACUGGACAAUCUAUUCAAAUAGGGCUGCAGCUCUGUCGAUUCUUAUAGUCAUCGUCGCGAUCAACUUGGGCAUUGGCUUGUUUCCUCAUGUCGAUAACUUUGCCCAUAUCGGAGGCUUCUUGUCAGGUUUCCUCCUCGGUUUCGUUCUACUGAUCCGGCCUCAAUUUGGUUGGAUGGAACGCGAGGAUCAUCUUCCUUUUCCAGCCCAGAUUUCGUCCAAAUACAAAGCAUACCAAUAUGUCUUGUGGUUGAUCGCAUUGCUUUUGCUGGUAGCUGGUUUCUUCUGCAGAUUCGUCGUCGGAUUAGUCAUGCUCUUCACCGGAGUUAACGGAAAUGAUCGUUGCCAUUGGUGCCACUACUUGAACUGUGUGCCGACAUCAAGGUGGGUUUGCGAGGACUGAUCAACUCCGGGCUUUCGCAGGGUCGAAGGGAACAUCGAAGCAGAGUUGCAAGAAGAUGUAACAUUAAGAAUGAGCUCUUACAGUGAAGUGAAACCAUAAGAGGUAUCUUUUUGGUUCUAGUCAGAUGUUCGGUGUGCAUAUAUAAUAACGACAUUUUCUUGGUAAAUCUGAUAAAUUUUCCUUAUUUAUUUGACAUUUAUAUUGAUUUCUCCUUCAA